AUGUUGAGCUCCGCAAAGAAUUAUGAGGUUGUCUCGAAAAUAAUGGAGGAAAACGCCAGUGAAUCAGAGGAAAGAAAAGAUCCUCCAAAUGAUCUUCACUGCCAUGAAUCGUUACUAACAAACUCAAAUUUAUCAGAUGAUGUGGAAACUCCAGACGCCCAAGUUGUGAGCUUUGAUGUUUCAAAAACUGCUUCGAGUUUCUCCGAUAAGCCAAUACCAGAGGACUUUGUUAAAACACGGGACAUUAAUUCUGGAGAAGAGGAAUUUAACGGAAAUCAUACGAUGAUUGGGACACAUGAGAAAACUAAUGAGAACUUAACCAGUGUUUCCGGGUUACCCCCGGAAUUUUCGAAACCAUCCAGCGUUUCUAAUGAAUUUCCCCCAGCAAAAAAGAUACACAGUUCGUCAGCCAGUGGUUCUUCUGAAGAUCUCCUUGGUUCAAAUCAUCGCAGGGAUCCUUCUCUCGAGUCUGACAGCGAUGAGGUGUUUCCACUUGUUGCUCGCAAAGCUAACUCGUCGGACGAUUUGCUUGAUAAAAACUUUGUUAAAUGGGCAAGUGGUGGUGAAAAUUCACUUAAAGGCAAACGCGACAAGGAAGGCGGACAAUCGUCUGACUCGCCUAUUAGUGACGUUGAAUUUAGUGCGUGCUCUUCUGUUACUAGUUGUACUGAAGACAGUGGAAUUAGCUCCACUGUCAGAGAUGAUGAGUUGGAAGAAAUACCACUCAAUAACUCGCGAUUUAGCCCCGAAUUGUACGAAGAAAUGUCUAGACUCUCUUUGGAUGAAUCAGUUGCUGCAUGGAUUCCUAAAUCCUCAAACACUUAUGCACCCAGCCCUAAUGCAAAAACUGGAACUGACGUAGAUGGCAGUAGUUCACAAAAGCAAAGUAAACUGAAGUAAGGAUACGCUUUAUUAUUUCUUUCUCUCUUUCUUUCUUUUUUUAGGGUAGACACAUACCGUAAAAUUAUUUCAGAAAGGAAUUUAAGCUUGUACAAUGAAACUGAAAGUGAAAAAAUUUUGUCACUCUCUCCCCUCCAUCACAACAAGAGCUGUCACUGAGAUUUCAAGUUGCUGGGUGCAUGUAUAUAUAAAUUAUGUAAUUACAGCGUAGCAGAAUUGGGAAUCUGUUAAACUGCUGGGAAGUUCUUUUGGUUCUAUUUUCCUUUGUAUAUAUCUCUCAUGAAAGAAGGAGGGAUUCAUGCGUACAGUACAUGUAGAGGAAAUCCCAGGCUCCAUUCCUUGGUGGCAUCCCUGACACCACCUACCUAGUCCAGAAAAAUGGCAUCAGGAAUUUCAGUUUUGCAAAAAUUAUUCAAUUAAGGCAUCCAAAAAACCAAUAAUAGAAAAUUUCAAACAAGAAAUCCUCAAUUGUUGGCCUGUCACUUUAACUAUGUAGAACCUAGAACCCCUCUUGGGUAACACAUCAAGGGAGCAGGGGGUGGGGGGCAAGUUUAUUUUUGGGACGCUGUGAUCGACUAUUUUUGACACAAUUAUUGUGAUGUACUGAAUAACUGUUGAAUGACUCGUGAUUGAAGUGGUCUCCGUGAAACCUGAACUGCCAAAAUCUUUGAUUGUGUACACCUACAUUGAAGGUCAAUUGAAGAAAUUCAAUCUUUAAUUUGGCCAAAUGACCUUGACUAGUACAAAUGCAUCUGGUGGCUUGAUUAAACUUCACUUUGAGUCUUUUGAUGUAACUUCACACUUCAGUGCACUCAGACUCACCUACAGCUGGCUUCCCUUGGGAAUUUAUUGGUUCUUAAAACUCUAGAAAUGUAAUCAAAGCACUCUGUUUUACAAAAUGGGACUAACACAAUGUUUUUGACAUUUUGUAUGACCUCUAUUUUUGAGAAAUGUGAAAACAUAAAUAUUUGUUUCAUGACUCAUGAAAUGCAAAAUUGUUGUUCGUGAACUCCUGAUGAGGCCUCACCCCCCUUGACCCCCAUCAUCAAAGACCUGCUGAAAAAAGAACUUUCAUUUGAAUGGCCAUAGGAUAGGAUUUUUUCCUAAUUACACGUACAUGUAGUUAGUCUUUAUAUCUGAUGUUAGGAGACUCUGAAAAGGUGUUGAACAGUGCACCUUAUCCUCAUUUCACUUACAGUGUAUGUUACUAUAAUAAUAAUUUUGUGCUUCCAUGGUUGUGUCUGUAGAGGCCUGUUUUCAAGAUCAUCUCAAAAGGAGCCUGUUCAGGGCUGGAAGUUAUUUGGCAAGGUCCCAGCGAAAGAUGUCAGGGAUAACGGCAGUGAACCUCACUAUCAAGCAUCCUCUUUUGAUAGAGGUAACCCUAGAUGGUUAAAACUGUCCAUCAAUUACAUGUAUCUGUAGAGACUUAUGGUGCAUUUCAUUAAUUUACUUGCAUGUGCAUGUAUGUACUUGUAAGAAUGCUUAAAAAAACUUAUUUUGUCUUCUGGAAAAGCUCACUACAAACUUUAAGGCAUAGGUGUACAUUUAGUUUUCGCUGGUGAUUGAGUUGGAGUUGGAUAAUGUUAUUCUCUAGUGAGAAUAGUAUUCUGCUUGGUUGAGUGUGAUCACUGGACUGGAGUCACAAGCAAAAACACUCACAACAUUUGGAAAUGAUUACUAUGAUAUGUUUUAUUCUUCGUCUCCUCCCUUAGCCUGAUAUUUGUGCUUCCUUAGCUCCUUCUAUGUUUUUAUCUCAUGGCAGGAAGAGGGCAUGAUACAUUAUUUUUAUUUGUCAGAUCACAUAUAAAAAAGGAUCUGUUCCUUCUGACGGCUCAAGAUAAAAGUAUAUAAAGCGUUCAUUUUCCCUCUCUUCUCGGAAAAAAAAAGGGAAUGCCUGAUCACAGGUUACAUGUACAUCUGCCUCUGAUUAUUAAAAUCGUACCCCUACAUGUACUUGCAAAUCCAAUUGCAACUUUUUCUCCAGGUCAUAAGUGUUGUUAUGACUCCAAUUACUGGUCUCUGACUCUGAUUCCAUUGUUAGUGUCUUAGACAUAACUUAACCAUUGUUAGUGUCUUAGACAUAACUUAAGGCCCUUUCCAGAACUGUGAUCCUAGGUUAGUACCAAAAAUGCUUUGUCCUUUGUAGAGAUUGAAGUAAAUGAAAAUCAGCCCCUUGUUUAGCCUUUUAAUCACUGGGUUUGUGGUUGAGUUUGAUGAUGAUAUUUAUUAUAAAGAUUGUUUUUAUUGUUUUUUGCAGGAGACGUGACGCGCAAGUCUUUUGGUGACAAACCAUCUGCAACUGCUCCAAACUUCAAACCCAAGUUCCCUUCUUUGAGAAAGAAACCUACUACAGGAAGCUCCACUACAGCCCUUAUCUUCGAAAAUAGGCCAAGGUAUGAAGCAAACAUUAGAAAAAGUGAAUAUGUUUCCUUAAAUUUCAGGCUGCUUACGUGUACCUGUAAUUCUGACUAACAGUAGAUUGGAUCACUGUGGUGAUCCUUAUUAGAUUGGGAAAAUUCUUGUCAGACCAGCAUAAAAGUAACUAAUUUUUAGUCUCGCUUGCUUAAGAAAAGCGAGACUCUUAAAAUGCACUCGUUUUUUUUUUUUUUUGUCGGACCUAGUUUGUAGGCCCCGCGUUCCUAGCGAAGACCGUGGAAACUGGGGAUAAGAAUCGAAACGACUUUCAUUGUAUGGGAAUGAGUCUCGUGAUGAGAAUGCAGUUUAUUUCGGCGAUGACUGAAAUUACGCAUGUAAGUUUGGCAAUGACGUAAUUUUCCUCGAAGGGAGGCCCUUGAUUUUCGUGUAAUUAUGCACGACAUGCAGGCACAUCCCCAAGCAGAAUGAGAAAAUAUUAUAGCGGGGAAAUCCUCAGGAUUUUGUGGCUUUUGAAGGCGUUACGUUUCUCAGAAUAUUGUCGCAAUGACAGGAAAUGUACGGUUAAAUAGAUUCACUUUGUUUUAUGUAUUUAAUUGAUAGAUUUUCGCAGUUGUUACGAUGUGAAGUGGUUUUGCACUUCAUAAAUACUUGAGAUAUGAAGUAUCCACUGUCACGUAAUUUUUACGUGCGCACGUGCGUAAAAUUUGCGUUCGCAAAUAAAAUAAAGGCAAUGUAUGAAAGGCUGCACGUACAAUUAUGUAAGCGUAAAAGUAGAAACUCGCCCAAUUUGACGUUUAAUCUCAAUACUUUAUGUCUUACCUCUAUUUGAUUUACGUGAUUAAAAUUUACGUGCGUUAACGUGCGGAGCCAAAAACGUGUCAGUGGAAAUCCACCCUAUUCUUGUCACGGUUAGCUUUGAACUUGACUAACCGCACACUCUACUUACAGCACUUCAUGUCCAUAGUUGAUAGAAAUCCCAUAUUGAGCUUUUCCGGAACGGGUUGGUCCAAGAAUUCUAUGGCUUGAAAGCGCUGAUUAUUUUGGAACAACUGAUCACUUCAGUGGUCGAAAAAAAAAGAAUAAUCUUAAUGAGCAAAACUUCAAGGUUCACUGGAAAAUCAGGAUCGAGGAUCGAGGAUCGAGAAAUCAGGGAUCAAGGAUCGGUUAAAAAAAGAACUUGAAAAUAAAAUAAAAAAAUAAGUCGUGGAUCAGUGAUGAUGUGGGCCGCAGACUGUAGAUAAAUUUCAGAGAACAUAACCCCGUUCGCUGUACUGAACGCUAAAUUCAAGUAAACUAAUCCGAGUCUGUCUGAGUCAGUGAUUGUUUUGACGAGAAGGUGAAAUUUUCCGGGAAAAUGAAACGCUUUAUCCUGGUGAUACUGUAAUACAAGAAAAAACUUUUAACAGUUUUUAAUUUUUAACUCGUGGGGACGCGCGAGCGUACCACGAGUUAUUGCAGGGACAGAGAUAUGCAAAUGAGUCACUCGCUCACUCGUAGAAGACGGACUUCGUAAUUAAUCGGGUCCGAACUCGAGAGUGCGAAGAUCUAUCGUUUCCGAAGAAGCAUGCGCUCUUGAAGUUCGGUGGGAUCAAAUUCUUCGCUGAGAGCGUGCAUCGUUCGGCGUUCGCUGCUCAGACUCAGAGGUUUCUUUAUGGCAAAUUUUCUACAGCACGGUUAGAGGUCUUACCAAAUUUAAGACACGCAGGAGUCUUUCAAAUGAGUACGAUGGUUAACUUGGGGAUUGGAUUUCAAGAGCCUUUGACUCGUCCAGGCGUUAGACUUGACGAGAAAAUGAGCAAUUACUCUUCUGACUCCGAAAGAUCACGGGGGAUAUACAAAUUCCAGCUUGCUGGAAAGUGAUCUGAAAGUAAGCAAAGGUCAUGCCAUGCUAUUCUUAAUAACCUGUAUGGGCCGAAAAUGGAUGUCAUUUUGACCAUUAGCUUCAAAAUAACAGCAGAAAUCGAGAUAAGAAAACAUAUGUUUUGCCUCCUACUUCGUUGACGAAGUGUAUCGGCUUUGUCAAGCACAUGUUAUUUUGUUCAUUCGUUGCCAUGAAAUGCGUUGACAUUGUUUCUUCAUUGUCAAUAGCUCGGUUAAUGCGGCUCGAUCAUACUGAACGAAUUUCCUGGCGGAAGUUCCAUAGAUAACGCAUUAAGUUAAAGAGUUUCGCCAGAGUGAUGUAAUCAGCCUUCGUGGUGUAGUGGUAAAGUAAAGUCGCAUACGGCCGAAGGUUCCGGGGUUCAAGUCCUGCUUUGUACCGUUCUUUUUUAAUCUUCUUUCUUUCUUUUUUUCCCGUUUUUGGCUUGUUUUGUUUGCUUAUUUGUUUUUUUGUUUUUUUAUAAAUAUGUACCUAAAUAACCGUUAUUUAAUAAAAUGCAAUAAACAAAAAGAAAAGUAUUAUGUUUGCAGAGCAAAGAUAGUAAAUUAAAUAUAUUGUACAUGGAUAAACAAUCUGAAUUUCUAUCAUUUCCUACAAUUUACUGUGGGAAAACCAGAGUUGAUAACCAUUUGAUCAUUUUCUAAACAAUGUUCCCACGAGCUGACGAUAGGCUUUCUUUGAUAAAGUGUACAUUUGCUUUCAGUACUCCUUAUUUUUCUUGUAAUUGUUGUAUGCACGACCCCACCAGCAAUGCUGAUCUUUUUAUCGUACCAUAAACUAAGGUUCUUACCUACCCACCUACCUACCUACCUACCUACCUACCUAUCUAUCUAUCUAUCUAUCUAUCUAUCUAUCUAUCUAUCUAAAAUGCAUGCUGUGUACAACUCUAAACAUUGUACUCUGAGACUGUAGGGAGAUAUUAAAAGUAGAUACUAAGUAGCUAUGGAAAAUGUCAUUACUUUCAUGCGAUAUUGAUAUCUUAUAAAACGGACAACAAAUUCAGCAGGAAUGCGCGCGAACUGUAUUUACUGUGUGUUGUAUAAGGUUCUGUUCAACUUACACUUUUUCCUGUGCUGAACAUAUACUGUACCGAGCCGUAUCUUGGUCCGGUACAAAGAAGCUAUGUAUAUUUAUACUGACAUUGUCAUGGGCCCCUGAUACCGAAAAAAAUCAUCGUUCAAGUUUUCGAGUGUAGAAUCCCUGAAAGAGUACUCCUCAAUGGAGCAAUAUCAAUAUGUAGAAGGUUUUCACAGGUUUCACACCGGUUUGAGGCUAAGAUGUGCAGUCUGUCUCUCCUUGCAAUUUUUACUUUUUGAGUAUAUACAUUAUGACAUACCACACUCGUUUUGUAUUCCAAACGAAAAAGUAGUAUAACGGCACCGGGGCCUUUGACAUUAAUACGCGUCUCCAAGCAAGCGAGACUCAACGCUACUAAGAGCGUUCUUGUUUAAUUUAAAAAAUUAUCCUCUCCCUUAUGGGGCUGUGAAUCCCAACUAAGAGCAGGAGACCAGCUGGCUAGAGGCUUGAACUCAGGACCUCUGGUUUUCAAGUCCGGUGUUCUAACUUCUCAGCUACACAUGAGACUUGGGUUUAAAAGAAUGACAUUGACAAUUCUACAUGCAGAAAUCCCUUUCUAUCAUCACUCAGGUUACGUUUAUACUAUAAUUAUUAUUAAAAACUGAAUCAUUGGAUAAUGCAAUUUUAGAGCUCUGAUUGGCUUAGCCAUCAUGGUAUAUGAGCCAUUAUACCAUGCUUUCCAAAUAUGGUAACUGUAUCCGUCUGCUCAAAAUAAAAAACAAGCUGAAAAUCAGGGUUUUUUUACCAAAAAAAUCAGGAAGAAUUCUCAAUAUUUUGUGAGAUUUUUAAUAAAGCAAUUAUUCCACAUGCACUUGUUGGAUAUGAGAUGAUUACAGCCAACAGCGCGUUGUUGGCUAUCUGCUGUCUCAUAUCAACCGCACACUCGUGGAAUAAUACUGUUAUACAUACACAAUACACAUAUUGUAUUACAUCAAGUGAGCUCAGUCGUACAAUGUACAGCUGUAACAGUUGUUAUGGAAUACAGUCCUUAAUGACAGAACCUCCGGGCCACUUUAGAAGCGCUGACUAUUGCUUCCUUGUCAAAAAUUAUUUUAAGUAAAAUGUCCUCUUUGGGUGAAAAUAGUUAUUUUUGAUGAUUAUUUCUGUUAUACCCAAUUGCAGCAACCUCCCAGCUAAAUCAGCAGCUGAGGAGAAAAAGCACAGAAAACAAUAUGAAGCAAUGGUGGCUGAGGCAAAGAAAAAAGGUGAAAAUAAAACUACAGUCAGCUCUCUCUAAGACAGACACCUUUGGAGCCAGUACAGUGUACCAAGUGUCUGUCUUAGAGAGGUGUCCAUCUUGUAGAGAGACAAAUAAAGAGACUAAAAAAUAAUUAUUUUUACAAUUUUUAUGUAAAGAAAGGCAGAGACUGACUUUAGGUGUCUGUCGUAUAGAAGUGUCUGUUCCUCAUGUAGUUGUAGGAAAAAAAUGCAAACAAUUCAUUACAGUUUUAGAUUAUGUGAUCAACAUUGAUUUGGAAUAAAGAAUAAUAAACUUGAACUUGAGGAUAUUGUUCUUUUGGCAACGGUCAAAGCUCAAUGUUCCAGAAAUUAUUGUGUAGGCAUUUUGAAGUGAAAUCUUAUUGUAAAAAUUAGUCUUUUUUCUUUUUUUCAUGUACUCAAUAGCUUUUCUUUUUUGUUAUUUCUUUGCUGUCAUAGAAUUAAGAGACAUGAAGCGUCAGGAACAGAAACUUAGAGAAAAGUGUAAACAGGAGGAUGGAAUUGUGUCUGCAGUCUCUUUAUGGGCAAAUGAGAUUUUGCCCAACUUUGACACUAUGUAAGUUCUCUUUUAUUCUUUUGUUUACAAGCUAUUUACUGUUUUUUUUUUUUCACUAUUGUGUUUUUCGGUUCAAAGAAGUUGCUAAGGUAUUUCUCAGAAAUGUUAGAUACUGGUACACUAGUUUUAAAUGAGUGUAGACUGAAUUGUCGGAGAGGUGAAUUUGUAGUCCUCCAAGUUUAAUAAAGACCUGAAAUAAUAUUGUUGAUCAUCCAAGUGCUUUUGCAGAGAACAACAGAGAAACUUUACAAAAAUGUAGACAUGUAAAAUGCUCAUGCAGAGGGAAUUUUGGUCAGUUACUGCUCUAAAACAGAAAAGAAAUAAUUUUUGUUUGGUGCAAGUGCAUUGCAGAGCAAUGAGUAGUUGUGAUUUUUUUUCCCCUACCCUCUUUCAUUUAUAGGCGGCACUCGAAGAAGGCAAGAGAGCUUUGGUGGCAAGGUCUUCCUCCAAGUGUACGUGGAAAGGUCUGGAAACUUGCUAUCGGAAAUGACCUACACAUUACUCAGGGUAUGUUACCAGUGUAUUAAAAAUUAGAGUAAAUCAAUUUCAGGUUGUUCUAAAGCAUUAAUUCUUUAAUAACAUCCUUUACAAUGCACUCAAAAGGUAAUAGUUGUAUAUUGUACCUGUGUGUAUUGUACUUGCAAGUGUUGAAGUUAUUUUAAUUCUUUUAGUGAAAUGAACCAAGACUUUUGACUGCUAAUUCAGGUUUUCACUUCUCCUGUUGCAGAAUUAUUCGACAUCUUUCAAUCUCAUGCAUAUGAAAAGCUAUUCACAACAAGGCUAAACAAGAAGAAAAACCAGACUCAGACUGUUGCAGAGCUGCCAGCCAGUGAUCACCCUGUUGUCAGCAAAGCUCACACAGUUGAGCUUAUCAUGAUGGAUGUGUCACGAACAUUCCCUUCACUUUGUAUUUUCCAGGAGGUAAAUUUUCCACUCAUUUUCUUCUCAUCUUAAGUCUCCUCAGCUUAAAACAAUACAAACUAUUGGUGAUAAUACCACACUAUUUAUAACUUUAUCUAUAGUUGUAACACUAUAGUCAGCCAUUUCAAACACUCCUUGAAAAUGUUAGCUGUUUCUCUUUAAGACCUUUACAGUAUAUCUCUGUCGCAUUAAACUGUGGCAAAGGAAUAAUAUUAUGCAUAAGGAGGCAAUGCCGAGUACAGAGUAGUGUAGCUUUAAAAAACAAACCCAUUUACUGAGAACUUUUGUCUUAGCUUUACUAUGCUAAUAAUUAGAAUAAAAGUAACGAAAAUGAAUGCCAGCGUAGUUAUAGUGUUAAGCCUGCACAGUUUGCACUAAAAAUAUUUUUAAAAAGGUACUAUGUGCAUAGUGGCCACACAAAAGAUAUAAUUUCUAACUUUUACAUGUAUACUUUGAUAUUUAAUUUUCCAUUUGAUCUGCUAGUCUCAGGUUGUCACUGGUGUUUAAUAUGAUCAACAUGUAUGAAUGGUGAUAAGGUGACAUCAGAUUGUUGUUUUGCGUUAGGGUGGUCCAUUCCACGAUGUUCUUCACAGCAUUCUGGGAGCUUACACCUGCUAUCGACCUGAUGUUGGCUAUGUAAGUUGUUCUGUCUUAUAGGUUAAUUAUAGAAUCCUUAACUCAAUCUCCCCACCUACUCAAAGCUAUUUAGCUUGUUCCAGGUGUUCAGAUAUCAAUUGUGAGGAGGGNUUUGAUCUGCUAGUCUCAGGUUGUCACUGGUGUUUAAUAUGAUCAACAUGUAUGAAUGGUGAUAAGGUGACAUCAGAUUGUUGUUUUGCGUUAGGGUGGUCCAUUCCACGAUGUUCUUCACAGCAUUCUGGGAGCUUACACCUGCUAUCGACCUGAUGUUGGCUAUGUAAGUUGUUCUGUCUUAUAGGUUAAUUAUAGAAUCCUUAACUCAAUCUCCCCACCUACUCAAAGCUAUUUAGCUUGUUCCAGGUGUUCAGAUAUCAAUUGUGAGGAGGGCACAAAAAGAUGUAAGCAUGAAGAACAGAGAUGGGGUGGGGUAGAGGGUGAGGGCCUCCUUCUCCCUUUCUGAUCUCCCUCCUUAUUUUUUCUCUGCUCUCUGACUAGAUUAGAAGUUAUUUUGCCUUUCCUGUGACUUAAUUUUCAGUACGUUUUACCUUGCUGACUCAAAUUCUGGCUAAGUCAAACUACUUAAUAGAGAACUUUUUGUACAGUGUAAUACCUAAUUCAGUGUUAUGCUUGUAAAGAGGUGAUUGACUGCUCUAAAUAAUUAUUUAGUCCUAACCAUUCUUUCCUUAUUCUCUUGUUUAGGUUCAAGGCAUGUCAUUUCUUGCAGCAGUGUUGUUGUUGAAUAUGGAUCCAUCUGACGCAUUCAUUUGUUUCGCAAAUCUUCUCAACAAACCUUGCCAGUUAGCUUUCUUCAGAGUUGAUCAUCCCAUGGUAAUGUCAUAGUUAAAUUGAGUGCUUUGUUAUUUUAACUACAAUGUGUCUGGCGGGACUUUUAAGGUGUCCUUCAACUCUCUCUCUCUCUCUGUCUCUCACUGUGCCUGCUCUUUCAUCCCUUGAUUUCCAUGAAAACUUACUCGCAGCCUGCUUUGGUGGCAACUGACACUAACCCUUCAUUUUGUUUCCCCAUUAGUAACUAAAUUUUUUUGCCUUGUUGUUCUGUAGAUGAUUGCAUACUUCGCUGCCUUUGAAAUCUUCCUCGAAGAGUUUGUCCCCAGACUUCACACUCAUUUUAUAGAAGAGAACUUCACACCUGAUAUGUAUCUCAUUGAUUGGUAAGGCUUGAUGAGUUCAAAUAAAUAAGGCACUGCAUGCUAUUACCACCAAGGUCAGGGUGUAAACCCUCUCAUACCUAAAUUUUUCAGGUACUUUUCUGCUAUUUAGGCCGAUCUUAAAAUUCUGAAGAUCACGUCUACUUUCUUUUAGCAAAUAAUAUAAUAUUAGUCACUACUUGCUUAAAGGGGCUUCAUUUAUCCUUUAUUAUUACUAUAAUAAUAGAUUACUUAAUUAUGACCCCUUUUUAGAAUUGGAGGUACAUUUACCUUUGCAUCUAAAGGGUCAAAUUGUUACAUUGCCGUCCGUAGACUCAAAAGUCAGUCUAAGUUCAAGUUCUGCCAUUACUCUCCAGUUUUCCCCAGUUCAGCCGCUUUAUCACGUUCGUAAAUAGCCAGCUGGUCCUUCUUAUUACAUGUACGUUCAUUUUAGAUUAAAAUUUGAAUUUAUUAUUUGUUCUAAGAAGUUGGUCUGAAUUUUAUUUUUUUACAUAUAUUUGUAUAAAUCAAUCUUUAUAUCUUCAUGUAUGUUAAUUUUCAGGACAUUCACGUUGUUUAGCAAGUCAUUACCCCUGGAUGCUGCCUCUCGAGUAUGGGAUGUGUUUUGUAGAGAUGGUGAAGCAUUUCUAUUCCGGGCUGCACUUGGU